GCAGAGGAAGUUUGAAAUGUUGAACCAAACGCUCCUUCUCUAGGUCCUCCUCCGGGUCCUUUCUACUCUAAUGACGACUUCUGCCUUCAGAUCAACCACCAAGCGACCAACGCCGCUGCCCAAAUCCUCCACCAGUGGCGACGACGGAGAAUCUUCUUCCUCCGCCCGGAUGUCGGCUCCCAGGAGGCACCGGAGCUUGAGUCGAUUCUCUCACCGUCGCAUGCCGGAUCUGGACGCCGAAGUGACGCCCGCCAGGAACGGGAAGUUUGUCAAUACUUUUCGGGGUUCUGGGUUCCCGGAGAUUAGCCUCGACGACUUAGCCGUCGAGUUCUUCGAUUCGUUCUCCGCCGACAGUAGCGGAAUCAGCGGCGGAGAGAGAGGACGAUCUGGUUCGAGGAAAUUCGGCAGCGGAGGAGUCGAUAACGAGUCGACGGUGUCGCAGAGGCGGGGACGGUCGGUGUCUAGGGCUGCUCUCGGCGGGGGCGGCGCGGAUCCGGAGAGCGCGAGACAGCGGCGAUCGGUUUCAAGACCUCCAACAAGAGCCGACGCUGGUGAUAGCGGCGGUGUAUACGGAAGCGCGAAUUCUGGGCGGCGUCGAUCGGUGUCGAGACCGCCGUCGAGGGGCAAUGUCGGUGAAAAUUGUGGUGGAGCAAGAAGCGCAAAUUCGCGGCGGAGAUCGAUGUCAAGACCUCCGGCAAGGGGCGAAGCCGGUGAUAGGGGCGGAGAUACAGCAAUCGCGAAUUCUGGGCGGCGUCGAUCGGUGUCGAGACCGCCGUCGAGGGGAAACGCCGGCGUUAAUGGCGGUGGUGCAGGAAGCGCAAAUUCGCGGCGGAGAUCGGUUUCUGUUGUUCGGUGCCGUAUAAGCGAUUCUGAGAGCGAUGUGGAUCUUAUUCAGAGUUCAAGCAAUCGAGGAAAGUUGAAGAGUUAUGUUGGUGGAAAUGGCCAAGUUACUGGAUCUCAUAAGCAUCCUGCUUCAGUUCAUAGACCAAGUCUAAGGAGGUCUUUUAGCCAAAAUGAAAUCAAGUACCAUGAUGGCUACUCUAGCCAUUCCUCAGCUAUCACAGACGAUGAAGGAAAGGACACACACUCUGGCAAGCAUGGAACUGAAAGGAUAAUUCGAGCUGUAUACACUCAGAAUAAGGCAAAGGCCAAAACAAGGAAUUCUCUGGGAGAUUGUGAUUCCAAAACUCGCCAUGAUGUUACCUCAAUUACAAAAGAUUAUGCAACAAAAUUAGUAGAGUCUGAGGAGCGUAAGAGGGAUCUGCUGGCCGAGAUUUUGUUAGAGGAGCAGCGUGGUAAGGAGCUCUCGAAGAUCGUAAAGGGAUUACUAACCGAAAGUGGUUCUGAAGUUAGCCAAAAGCCUUCCCGGCCACGCAAGAGGAGCAAGGACAGGAGCAGGAUAUCGACAUGCUUAACAGACGAGGCAGAGAAAUACAUCGAGGAAUUCAUCUCAACUAUCGAAGACACGGAUUUCUCGUCACUGGACGACGAAAGGAGCGAGACAAGUUCGAAUUUUGGCGUGGUAAAAACGUAUACAGCUAUUCCCGAGGCUGCCCCAGUCGAGACAGAUGGAGUUAUGCUUCCUUGGCUGCAAUGGGAAACUUCAACAGAUUCUUCUCCACUCCGAUAUCUGAGCAAAUCGUUAGACACACCACCUGUAACGAAAUCUAAGAUCUGGGAAUCUGAUUCAUCAGCUCAGGAUGUGACUUCUGGGCGCGACAUGAGCAUCCGCUCCAUCAGUAGCAUGGGAAGCUGCUCAGCAGUGAAAUCUUCUGACCCGGGAAACAGCCGAUCGUCGGGGGGACAGAGAAGAUUGAAGAUAGAUGUUGGGGAUUACCUGAAGCAACCGAGCAACGCUGAUUUUGUGUAUGAGUCGUGGAAGCUGAGGCACAGAAUCAGUUCGGGAAGUCUUGUAAUGUGCAGCCGUCGUCUAUUGAUUUAAAGCUUUGCAAUGCAAAAAAAAACCCCAGGUUUAGUUUCUUUCUUAUCCCUCCUCAAUGCAAUUGGACCAUAGAGAUGAGGAGUUUUUUUUAAACUUUGUACAGAUGUUUUCAUGGUCUCUGUUUUGGUCGGAGGAUCAGUCUACAUGGCAAAUUACAUCAUUACAUAAAGACCCAAUUCAUGAA